CCUGAGCUCCCCAGAAGGUUUCCUACAACCACGGGGGGAGUUCUCAGUUUCUUCCUCGAAAUGACACUGACUUGACAGUCUCGACACGCAAGUUAACCUGGAGAUAUACACAAAUCUGGAAACGAUCAGGUUGGCAGUGGAAAUCAGCGCUCAGUGAUCCAUUCCUCCCCAAGGCUGUUGAGGACUCCUCUUCAUUACUGACAUCUGACAUGUUUUGAAGCUGAUUUUGAGGAUCCUCCUCCUUGAUGCCUUCGCUACAGCACCUCCUGGAUCUGACAGCAAGCCAUGUCAGCCGGCGUCUUCAUCAGAGAACAUGGGGAGCUGCUUUGACCCUCUGACGUUGUCGUACAGCAGUGACACCACAGGUGGUCUAUUGAAGAACUACAGAGGCCAGCAACUACCUGUACAACAGUGGUGUAGUCUACUUUUUUAUGGUGGGUAUACUGUAUAUUUGAGCAUUUUUUGAAGUGGGUAUACUGUAAAUAUUUGUGCUAUUCAAAACAAUGGAUGAAUCAAUUUUAAGUGGGUACACUGAAAUCCCUGAAAUUUAGAAGUGGGUAUACUCCGUAUACCCGCGUUCAACGUAGACUACACCACUGCUGUACAACAACAGCAACAACAACAUCAACAUCAACUAUGCAACCAGAGCAGGUGAUAGCCAUGGGGGCUCUUCAGAUCCCAUCCCAGCCCGUGUAUGUGCUAACCGGUCACGCUAUGGACCAGGACCACGCCAGCCUGCAGCCUUCACAGGGACAGAGCCAGCUCUCCCCGCCCCUGGCCACCUCUUCCUCCUCCUCUUCCUCCUCCUCCUCCUUCUCAUCCUCCCAGGCCUCCUGCAUGGUCUCGGUCCUGCCGGCCAGCUGCUCCAGACUAGAGGUGGCGGUGGUGGUGUCUCUGUUGACGGCGGCUGCCAUCGCCAUCCUGGUGCUGCUGUAUUGCGUCCUGGUGCUCCGGUACAAGCUGAAGGUGGCCCAGGCCAGACACGCUAUGGAGUACUGGGGCUUCUUCCGCUCGGCUAGUUACGACCUGAAGGAGCCUGGCUUGCCGGAGGUGUUCCCCGUGCCUGUGUCUGUGACGGUGCCGCUGCCCGUGCCGUUGGCGGACAUAACACCUGGUGCGAAUGGCACGGCGUUGCAUCAUACGGUUGACUCUAAGCCACAGCAGCAGAGUACGCCACUACCUCCAUCUCCACGGCCUCCUCCAUCUCCUCCUCCAUCCCCACCUCCACCUGUGCGUCCUGCCGCCCAGGAGAAUCCGUCGCCUCCUCCGUAUUCAGAGCCAGCGUCAUCGGAGGUCUCAGGUGCAAGCUCGGGCUUUUCUCCUCCAUGUUUCUCCACCCAGCUGGAGGCACCGCUCGCCGUGCCGCGGCCCGUCGCCAUGAGGGCCUCGCCUGGGGUGUCCCCCGUGCUGCGUCCCGCCUCCACCCCCAGCAUACCUUUCCCGUCCCUACCGCGGCCCCUCCACCCGUUGCCUCCCCCGCCGACCCCACCGAGACCCCUCUCGGCCCACCCCUUACCCCACCCUUACAUGGACAACUCCCCCCCCAGCCCCUACCUGUCCUGGGGAGCGUGCUCGGACGUGGACGUGUACGCCAGCGUCGGCUCCAUGAGACUCUCAAGGACUUCCAGUGGAAGCCAAACCCAGGUGAUUCUGUUUGAACAUUCCGCUGUGUGAAUUCAUGACAUGCCUU